ACAUUUAGACAAAAAAAAAGAACAACAUUUAACUUAAACGAACUAGUAUUUGGGCCGGAGCGUUGCUCCAGGUUGGUACUAUUUUUUCGAAUUUGAUAUGCAUUUUGUUUCAUUUCCAUUAAAAUAUAUUAAGGAAACUCAAUAUUUGAAAGAUACAAAUAUAAUAAUGUGUACACUAAAGCAUGUCAUCUAUAAUAGCAAGAGGGAGUUUAUCUUGUAAGAGACCGUCUAUUUUAAAAUUAAAAUUAGGCAUUGGUAAGUCCAAUAUUAAAAAGAUAAUUAGCCCAAUAGUGACUAGGUUAAUUUCUUUUGGCGACUAGUUUAAUCCAUUCAUUGACUAUGUCUACUUUUAUAUUAAAAUUAGGCUGUCUCUUUUAAUAAUUUUUGUAGCGAGAGGUCACGGGUUCAAAUUUUGUUGCAAGUUAAUUUUACUUUUGUUAAUUGAUAUAACUUAUGUACACAUUGGACAAUUCUAGUGGAGUAACAAAAGUGUUACAUGGCAUGUAUAGAUUAUCACGUACGCCUUUUAAUAUAUUUGUAUAGAUUAAUUAAUCGGUUGUAAAAAAUACGACUUUAACAGAACCACUUAUUAAAUUUCGGGUUACUUAAAUUAAAAAUGGAGCAAAUAAACAAUUAGCAAUAAUAUCUAAGUUCUUACAUAUUAAAACUUGGGUCGUUGAGCGUAUAAAAUGUUGCUAAGCUUUAUUUAUAAAAAUUAAAAUUUGACGAGUCUAACUGCUUAUCUCUUACCUUCACAUUUCUCUUACAAUUGUUUCUCAUAUAUGAAUUUUUCUCUCUCCAAAUUUGUUACUUUCGUUGAAAUUCCACAAGUUAUUACUUUUAUUUCUUACUAUGUACUAGUUUUUAUUUACAUGUUGGAUCAGUUCCUCAUUUAAUUUUAAAGAUAGUCAUAUUGCGCGCUAAUUUGUUUUGUUUUGAAGGGUUCGGGCCAAAUAUGUUUAAUGUUGGCAACUGAGUAACCACUGAUUAGUGAGUAACCGUAAACUGGCGGCAACGAAAUUUCAAAAGUGGCGCUAAAACAUUGUAACAGUAAUCCCAAAACCAAAAUUUUCCAAGUACUCCAACACAACAACUUCAACAAUCAACAUCACCAAUCAAGAAUAUCAUCAUUAGUCAUUAAACCCACCACAAAAAUUAAAAUAUGAACCUUAGGAAAAUGAAACGUCGGCAAACUUCCUGGUCAAAUUUGCCGCCGACGCUUCUAUUUGCCAUUGCCAAACGCCUCGAAACUCAGUCUGAUAUCGUCAAGUUCCGGGCAGUCUGUAAAAGUUGGCGGCAAUCAGCAACCAAACUCCUCCAUAAAAACAUGUUAUCACCUCUCUUACCCCACAAAAUCAAAACCCCAUCUCCACCUCUUCUUGACAAGAAAGGUUCUUCCACGGAAUUUCAAGGAAACUCAUUAUUAUUAGUAGCAAGCUCUGUUUUUCUCCUCCAAUCAUCUCAAUAUCCAGAACUCCCACCUUGGUUAAUUACUGUUGAAGAGGUAAAUCCAGGUAAGUUUUACCUUCGAAAACCCCUUUCUCGAGUUAACAUCAAAGAUUUACCUGAAAUUUUCCCAAAGGUUCUGGAUUUAUCUGAUGUUAAAGUGACUGAAAUUGGUAAAUUCUGUAAUUUAAGGUUGGCAGAUAAACCUUUGGACAUGUUUCAGAGAAUGCGUUUGAAGAAUUUCAGAAAUAAGGUGGUUUUAGUUGUAGAUCCUAAUUGUAAAAAUACCCCUAAGAUUCGUAAUUGUAUUGCAAUGGUGUUGUAUGAUAUGGGGUCAUUAUGUGCAAUUAGGCUUAGAAAUGAGAAAGAAAAAUAUAUAAAUCCCAAAGGGCGAAAGAUUGAAGAUAUUUUGAACUUUAAGGGAAAAUUAUAUGCUGUUGAUCGGCGAGGGAGAGCGUAUCGGAUGGAUUAUAAGUCGUUAUCAAUGCGGGAGAUUGUAGACAAGCCAUUGAGUGAUGAUGCUUCACCAACUGAUGAUAAGAAGUAUCAUUUAGCCGAAUUAUGGGGUGAACUCUAUUUAGUUCAUAAAUGUCUUAAAUUUGGUACUAAAUUCCAUGUCUAUAGGUUGAAGGAAAAGGAGAAAGAAUGGGAAGAAGUUGAAGAAGGUAUAAGAGAUGAAAAUAUACUUUUUGUGACAUAUGAUGGAUGUUUCCUUGCUAGGACUAAGGAUUUUCCUGGAUGGAGAGGCAAUUCUAUUGUGUACUAUAAUACUAAUACUUUCCCUCUAUAUAAUGUUGAAAUUUUGGAUGAUUUUGGGAAGAAAGAUGAUAGACUUGACAUUGGUGUUUUCCACCAUGGGUGUGAUAAUCCUGGUUGGGAUAUUGCCUAUCAUGAAGUAUCUCAACGAUACUGUGAUGUGUUCUGGCCGCCCCCAGCGUGGCUUUCGGCGGGUACAAAUUCAAGCACAAGUACUUCUGAAGAAGAAGAUGAAGAGCUCGAAAGUGAUUCAUCAGGUCAAAGUAGUUCACAAUCUCUAUCGCAGGUAGAAACAUCAGAAGAUGCAGGUGACACUCAAAAUGUUCCAAUGGACAUCACUUCAGCUAAGACUGCUCAAAAUGAUGUUUACAAGGGAAAGAUCCCAGGAGUUUUUGUGAGUCCGGAAUUCAUCCCAACUUUGAACAAAAUAUGGGAUAAACAUGGAAACGUAAUACCACAACCACGUGGACGUGCGAUGCAAAACAAGGACAAACUAAAAUCGGCCUUAGAGUCACUUGCAAAAACUGUGAUGCUUCUCCAAAGCCCAUCAGGGAUGUGCUUAGACAACUCUGAAGUCGCGUACAUCAAUUCAACCGUAUAUGAACUUGAGUGUAUGCAUUUUAAAUUGGAUUGGCUAUAUCCUUUCAUACAAAAAGCUUUGGCACUGCACAAUCGGCAGCAGCAACUAGAUUUUGUUAAGAGGCUUGAGAUGUCCAAAUCUAAACUUCUUGAGCAGUUGCAUGAUGUAGAAUGCGGAUUGGCUAAACACAGAAAGCUCGCGGAAGAGAGCUUUGUGCCUCCGGUAGAGCUAAAGAAUAUGCUUAGUUAAAGGACAAUGUGCAAUGUCAUUUUGAGUUUAUAAGCUCUUUUAUGGUGAAUAUUUUUAAUAUUUUAAAGUAGAAUGCUUAUGAAGGUU